CUUGUUCUUUUCCCCGGUUAAAACUCUAGAUUUCAUUUCUGUUUCUCAAGGAGUAACUUUUAAGAAAGGAAAAAGAAAAUUAUAGGAAAAGGGUAAUUCAAUGUUCAGUUUUUUCUUUCGGUUUCCUUCAUUUUCUUAGCAACCAAACAAGAGAUUGUGUUGAUUUAAUCAUAUGGCUUCGACUAUUGUAAAUGCUCCCUGUACGGUUCCUUCUGUUAAAGGUUUUGAUACUCUAAACUAUGCUGGUCUUAGACCAACCUCAACUUUAAGGUUCAAUUCUGGUAGAACUUCAAUCUCCGGACGUUCUCAGCGCCUUUUUGUGGUGAGGGCAAGCGAAAGGCAUGAUGGACAUGUGAAGAAGAUUGAAAUGAGUAUUGAAGAAUGUGAGGCUGCUGUUGUAGCUGGGAAUGCGCCUGAAGCUCCUCCAGUGCCACCAAAGCCAGCUGCUCCUGUUGGGACUCCUGAGAUUCAACCUCUUCAACUUAGCAGGCGCCCUCGUCGUAACCGCAAGUCCCCUGCAUUGAGAGCAUCAUUUCAGGAAACAAGUAUAUCUCCUGCAAAUUUUGUGUAUCCACUUUUUAUUCAUGAAGGUCAGGAGGACACACCUAUUGGAGCUAUGCCAGGAUGUUAUAGGCUUGGAUGGAGACAUGGACUUGUUGAAGAGGUGGCAAAGGCCCGGGAUGUUGGUGUUAAUAGUGUUGUGCUCUUCCCCAAAGUUCCAGAUGCUCUGAAGUGUCCCACAGGUGAUGAAGCCUAUAAUGACAAUGGUUUAGUGCCUCGAACAAUACGGCUGCUUAAGGACAAAUACCCUGACCUUGUUAUCUAUACGGAUGUUGCUUUAGAUCCAUAUUCCUCGGAUGGGCAUGAUGGUAUCGUCAGAGAAGAUGGAGUCAUAAUGAAUGAUGAGACAGUGCAUCAAUUAUGUAAGCAAGCAGUGUCCCAGGCCCGAGCUGGAGCUGAUGUUGUUAGUCCCAGUGAUAUGAUGGAUGGUCGUGUUGGAGCUAUUCGUGAUGCCCUUGAUGCUGAAGGCUUUCACCAUGUUUCUAUUAUGUCCUAUACUGCAAAAUAUGCGAGUUCAUUUUAUGGUCCAUUUCGAGAAGCACUGGACUCCAAUCCUCGUUUUGGAGACAAAAAAACGUAUCAGAUGAACCCAGGAAAUUACAGAGAGGCAUUAGUUGAGGCUCAUGAAGAUGAGGCUGAAGGAGCUGAUAUUCUUUUGGUGAAACCCGGUCUUCCUUAUUUGGAUAUCAUAAGACUUCUCAGGGAUCAAUCUUCUUUGCCUAUUGCUGCAUACCAGGUUUCUGGGGAAUACUCGAUGAUCAAGGCUGGUGGAGUUCUCAAAAUGAUUGAUGAAGAAAGGGUUAUGAUGGAAUCCUUGAUGUGUCUCCGCCGGGCUGGUGCUGACAUCAUCCUUACAUAUUUUGCUCUACAAGCUGCUAGAUGUUUAUGUGGUGAGAAGAGGUGAGCUUGGUAUGAUUUUUAUGGGGCUUUGGUUGAUUGUCCAAAAAAUCUUGAGGUACUAAAUCUUCUAUCUGAGAGUUCUAGAUGUCAGAAUGAGCGGGAGUUGUUAUAGAAUGCUUGACUUAGCAGUUUGGAGUCCAUGUUCCUCAUAAACCUCAAGUAAAUUAUAUGCUUAAAAUAAAAUGCCCUCAAUGUAUGUCGCAUCUAAGUGAAAUUGAAAUUUGGAAUGACAAAAAAUCUUUGUUCUGUUCUUGUGAAUGUAAUUUUAGAUGCUUAUCAAAAAGAAGAUCGUAAUUCUAGAAGCAAAA